AUAGCAUAACUCUUCUUCUUCUUCUUCCUUUAGCCUAGUUGAAUGUUCUUCCAAAUCUCCAAAUACACAGGUAAGCAAGCUCUUGGAUUCCCUUUUUAUUGAUUUCAAUCUCCUAAGUAAUUUUCUUUGUUGCCUUAUUUUGUUCUUAUUUAAUCUUGAAAUGGCGAGCACACUAUUGAGAGGAAGAAGAAUCAUCACCAAAAUACUCGCCACAAGCCCAAGAUUUCCACCAAAACUGUGCCCAGUUUCACAAUCCAACCAAAACCGAUGUGCCCAACUUCCCCAUAUCCAAAACCCUUCAAGGGUUUUGCAGGUCUGUGUGUUCUCAACUCAGUUUCCCGAGUACGAGAUGCCCUCGGUAACUUGGGGUGUCGUUCAGGGACGCAAAGAGAAGCUUGUGUCUAGGGUCAUUAUAUGUGAUUACUUAAAGAGCUUAGGCAUAGUUACUGAUGAAUUAGAGAGCUUGGAAUUGCCCUCUACCGUUGAGGUCAUGAGAGAGCGAGUUGAGUUCAUUAUGAGGUUAGGACUGACUAUUGAUGACAUAAAUGAGUACCCUUUAAUGCUUGGAUGUAGUGUGAGAAAGAAUCUUAUUCCUGUGUUGGGUUACUUGGAGAAGAUUGGAAUUCAGAGGUCAAAACUCGGUGAAUUUGUUAAGAACUAUCCUCAAGUGUUGCAUGCUAGUGUUGUUGUUGAGCUUGCUCCUGUGAUUAAGUCUCUUCGUGGACUUGAUGUUGAGAAGGAAGAUAUUGGAUAUGUUUUGAUGAAGUAUCCUGAGAUUCUUGGGUUUAAGCUUGAGGGGACAAUGAGUACCUCAGUUGCUUAUCUUGUAAGUAUUGGUGUUAAUCCUAGAGAUAUUGGUCCAAUGGUCACCCAGUAUCCUUAUUUUUUAGGGAUGAGAGUUGGGACAAUGAUCAAACCACUUGUUGAUUACUUGGUUUCUUUGGGUUUGCCAAAGAAGAUUUUAUCCAGGAUGUUGGAGAAGAGGGCAUAUAUACUUGGUUAUGAUCUUGAAGAGACUGUUAAGCCCAAUGUGGAAUGUUUGCUGAGUUUUGGGGUUAGAAAAGAGGCACUUGCAUCUAUUAUAGCUCAGUACCCUCAAAUCAUUGGGCUGCCUUUGAAAGCUAAGAUGUCCUCACAACAGUAUUUCUUCAAUUUGAAGCUCAAGAUUGAGCCUGAAGGUUUUGCUCAAGUGAUGGAGAAGAUGCCACAGAUCAUCAGCCUUAACCAAAAUGUCAUACUAAAACCGGUUGAGUUUCUUCUCGGACGGGGGAUACCUUCCCCGGAUGUAGCUAAGAUGGUUGUGAAAUGCCCACAGUUGGUUGCAUUGCGAGUUGACCGAAUGAAAAACAGCUAUUACUUUUUCAAGAGUGAGAUGGGGAGACCAUUACAAGAGCUUGUGGAGUUCCCUGAAUACUUCACUUACAGCUUGGAGUCCAGGAUUAAACCUAGGUACAACAGGUUACAGAGCAAAGGUAUUAGGACAUCAUUGAAUUGGUUCUUGAAUUGUAGUGACCAAAGAUUUGAAGAGAGGUUACAAGGGGAUUAUAUCGAACCAGAGAGAUCAGGACCAUCCUUUUGUAUGGGUGGAAAAUUAGAGCUACCUGGUAGUGAGAUUGUGUCUGAUGAGGAAGAAGAGAGUGACAAUGAAGUACUUUACAAACGAACAGUUUCUCUUUGAUGAUUUUUUUGGGUAAAAACUCGUUAUUCAAAUUCAAUUUAAGAUUUUGUUCCCUACUAUUCUUGUCUUUUUAGCUGUUGCUUCUUGUUUUUUCUCAUUUAUUUUACUUUCAAGUUCCUCAUUUAGCUUGUUCAUAUGUUGAUUAAUAUGUAUUACUAUUGCUUAAUAACAUGGCAUAGAUACUGUGUG